AUGUCGUGGAGUGUGGGUUCAGGCGGCAGGAUGAUGAUGAUGUUUGUCGAGCUCUUCCUUCCCCUCCUCCUCCUCCCCCCGCUGUGUGAAGGCUCCAACCAGCCGCCACGCUUCCUCAACUACUUCUUCUCCACGUACCUGCUCAUCUACGAGGACAUGCCCGUCGGUUCCUCGGUGGCUCAGCUGAAGGCCACGGAUCCUGAAGGCGAGCCGCUGAUGUACGGCGUUUCAGGAGAAGAAGCCAUGAAGUAUUUCUCUGUGAACAAAGACACGGGGGUGGUGUGGCUCCGACAGCAGCUCGACAGAGAGGCCAAGUCAGAGAUGCAGGUGGAAUUCUACGUGAGCGACAUUCAGGAGGUGGUCAAAGACACGGUGAACAUCCAGAUUGGAGACGUGAACGACAACGCACCUAUCUUUCAUGGACAGCCGUAUACCGUCCACAUCCCCGAGAACACACCGGUGGGCAGGUCCGUGUUCAUGGUGAACGCCACAGAUCCGGAUCAGGGCACCGGGGGCAGCGUCCUCUUCUCCUUCCAGCCUCCUUCUCCGUUCUUUGCCAUCGACGGCGCCCGAGGCACCGUCACCGUCAUCAAGCUGCUGGACUACGAGACGACAUCAGCGUACCAGCUCACUGUCAACGCCACGGAUCAGGACAAAGUGAGACCUCUGUCGCGGCUCGCUAACUUAGCGAUCAGCAUCACGGACGUGCAGGACAUGGACCCUAUCUUCACCAACCUGCCGUACAGCACCAACAUUGAGGAGCACAUCCCUCUGGGCUACGAGGUGAGGAAGAUAACAGCCAUUGACCAGGAUCUGGGCCGACCGAGAGGCAUCGGCUACACCAUCAUCUCAGGUAACACUAACAGCGUGUUCGUGUUGGACUACAUCAGCGGCUCUCUGACGGUGAACGGGCAGCUGGACAGAGAGAACCCGCUGUACUCUGCAGGAUUCACGCUCACCGUGAAGGCCACAGAGCUGAAGGAUGAUCGGAGCCCGUCAGACGCCACAGUGAUGACCACCUUCACGGUCCUGCUCAUCGAUAAAAACGACAACGCUCCCAAGUUCAACAGCUCAGAGUACAGGGUGCGGAUCACCGAGCUGGCCCAGGUGGGCUUCGCUCUGCCGCUCUUCAUCCAGGCCGAGGACAAGGACGAGGGCGUGAACAGCAUGUUUCAGGUUUUUCUGACGGGUAACAACUCGGAGUACUUCACCAUCUCGCCCACGGCGGUGCAGGGCCGUGCAGACAUCAGGAUACGGGUGGCCACGCCCCUCGACUUUGAAAACAUCCGCAGCUACAGCUUCUCACUAUAUGCCAACGAGUCCAUGUCCGACCACGUGGGUUUUGCUCGAGUCUUCAUCGAGUUAAUCAACGAGAAUGAUAACCGCCCGAUCUUCAGCCGACCGCUCUACAACAUCAGCCUCCCUGAGAACACGCCGCCUGGAACAUCGCUGCUCAGGAUAAUGGCCACAGAUGGAGACGCAGGAACGUUUGGGGUCGUACGAUACUUCUUCAGUGACGAGCCAGACCAGUUUUCAUUGGACGAGGAGACGGGCUGGGUCAUCCUGCGUGGCGCUCUGGACUACGAGCUGAUGAGACGUUUUACACUGACUGUGCUGGCGAGGGAUGGCGGUGGCGAGGAGACGACAGGAAGGAUCCGUGUGAACGUUCUGGACGUGAACGACAACCCUCCGCUCUUCCAGAAGGAGGCGUACGUGGGCUCUCUGAUGGAGAACGAGCAGGCAGUGCAGCAGGUGGCGAGGAUCAGGGCCACAGACGAUGAUUCUCCUCCCAAUAACUUCCUGACGUACUCCAUCACUUCAGCCUCCGCCUUCCCCAACCACUUCAGCAUCAUCAUGGUGGAGGGAUACGCAGUGAUCAGUGUGACCCGACCUCUGGACUACGAGCAGGUUCCUAACGGGAUGAUCCACCUGACAGUGAUGGCAAGAGAUGGAGGAAACCCCGCCCUCAACAGCACCGUAGCUGUCACUGUGGAGGUGAUUGAUGAAAACGAUAACCCACCUGAGUUCAGCCAGCCGUCCUACAUCGUCAAGAUCCCCGAGAACAUCAUCGCAGGAGCAACAGUGUUGUUGGUGAAUGCUUCUGAUUUGGACGCCUCUAGAGAGUUCGGUCAGGCGUCCCUCAUCUACUCGCUGGAGGGCUCAUCUCAGUUCAGACUCAACUCACGCUCAGGAGAGAUCACGACCACGGCCCUGCUGGACCGCGAGCUGAAGUCAGAGUUCAUCCUGAUCGUCCGAGCUGUGGAUGGAGGGGUGGGGCCUCAGCAGAAGACUGGCAUCGCCACGGUGAACGUCACCAUCCUUGACAUCAACGAUAACGCCCCCGUGUGGAGAGACGAGCCGUACCACACCAACGUGGUGGAGAUGAGUCCCAUCAACACAGAUGUCACCUCUGUGUUGGCUGUGGACCCUGAUAAUGGACUGAAUGGGACCGUGGUGUACAGCAUCAGUCCAGAGAACCCGUUCUACACCAUCACCAGCAGCACCGGAAAGAUCCGGACCAGCGGGGUCACCCUGGACCGGGAGAGCGCCAACCCCCGGAACGCGGCCCUGAUGAGGACCAUCGUGAUCUCAGCUGUGGACCGUGGAAGCCCUCCCCUGUUUGCAACAGCGAGCACCACAGUGUUUGUGAAUCUUCUGGAUCUGAACGAUAACGACCCGACCUUCAUCAACCUGCCGUCUGUGGCUGAGGUGCCCGAGGGUCUGCCCGUCGGAUCGUCCGUGUUUAAGGUCCAGGUGGAGGACCCUGACGAGGAUAAGAAUGGUCAGAUCACGUUGGCGUUGCAGGUGGGGAUGCCCCGCCUCGAUUUCUACCUGAACACGUCCACAGGAGUCCUGACGUCCACGGCCGUGCUCGACCGCGAGCAGAUUGGACAGUAUCACCUGAGAAUUAUCGCCUUCGAUGCUGGGAAGUUCCCCCGCACCUCCACCUCCACCCUCACCGUCACAGUGCUGGAUGUGAACGAUGAGACCCCCACCUUCAGCCCCUCGGUCUACAACGUGUCUUUGAAGGAAAGCGUCCCCAGAGAUCACGUGGUCGCUCGCCUCAGCUGCUCGGACGAUGACGCCGGCCUAAACGCCGAGCUCAGCUACUUCAUCACAGGAGGGAAUCAGGACGGUAAAUUCAGUGUGGGCUUCAGAGACGGGGUGGUUCGGACGGUGGUCGGUUUGGACAGAGAGACGCAGGCGGCGUACAUGCUGGUCGUGGAAGCUAUAGAUAACGGUCCUGCAGGCAGCAGGAGAACAGGAACAGCUACCGUCUCUGUGGAGGUUCAGGACGUGAACGACAACAGACCCAUCUUUCUACAGAACAGCUACGAGACCAGCGUGCUGGAGAGUGUACCCCGAGGGACCAGCAUCCUGCAGGUUCAGGCUACAGAUGCAGAUCAGGGAGAGAACGGCAGACUGCUGUACCGGAUCCUGAGCGGUAACAGUAACAGUCUGUUCAGUAUCGACCGUCAGUCCGGUCUGCUGACUCGGGGUGUCAGGUCUCUGGACAGAGAGACGAGCAGCUCGCACGUGUUGGAGGUGGAGGCGUUCAACAGUGACGAAGGCAGCAUGAGGAGUUCCGUCAGGGUGAUCAUCUACGUGGACGAUGCUAACGACGAGGUUCCCGUCUUCACUCAGCAACAGUAUAACCGUCUGGGCCUCAGAGAGACGGCUGGCAUCGGCACGUCGGUGAUCGUGGUGCGAGCCACCGACCCGGACAGCGGUGAUGGAGGUGCCGUGGCAUACACCCUGGUUUCAGGUUCGGACAGGAAGUUCGAGGUGGACGUGAGCACGGGUCUGUUGACCACAGUGGAUUACCUGGACUACGAGACCAAGACGUCGUACCUGAUGAAUGUGUCGGCCACGGAUCAGGCCCCGCCCUUCCACCAGGGGUUCUGCACAGUGUACGUGACUCUGCUUAACGAGCUGGACGAGGCUGUGGCAUUCUUCUCGGCCGGGUACGAGGCUUCUCUGAGGGAGAACAUUGCCACAGGAACCGAGGUGGUCCAGGUCCAGGCCCAGUCCGCAGACAACCUGAACCAGCUGACUUAUCGAUUCGACCCCGACACAUCGCCGGCUGCUCUGGCCCUGUUCAAGAUCGAUAGCGUCACGGGUCGUAUCACGGUGACCGGUCAGCUGGACAGAGAGAGAGGAGACACAUACUCUCUGACUGUGGUCGCUGAUGAUGGCGGACCAAAGAAAGACUCCACCGUGAAGGUAUCCAUCAGCAUCCUGGACGAGAACGACAACAGUCCCGAGUUUGACAUCACGUCCGACACGUCAGUGGACAUCUCCGAGAACACGGAGAUGGGGAAAAAGGUGGCCGUGGUCCUGGGGAGGGACAGAGACGCCGGCUUAAACGGACUGGUGAACUUCACUCUGGUUGCAGGAAACAUGGAGGACGUCUUCAUGAUCAAAACAGUGAAUCACACGUACGGAGAAGUUUACGUCAACGCUGCUCUGGACAGAGAGUCAGUGGACCGAUACCUACUGAGGGUGCGCGCCAUUGACAACGGCUCGCCUCCCCGACACACAGACCACGCCCUCACCAUCAACAUCCUGGACAUCAACGACAACGCUCCUGUGAUGGAGAGCCAGAGAGGAUACAACGUGAGCAUCAGCGAGAAUGUGGGCGGGGGUACGUCCGUCCUGAGAGUGACAGCUACAGACCAGGACAUAGGGCCCAACGCCAUGCUGUUUUAUUACAUCACGGCGGGGAACAAGGACCUGACCUUCAGGAUGGACCGUGUGACCGGAGAGAUGGUGACCCGACCUGCUCCCCCCGACAGAGAGCGGCAGCAGGAGUACCGCCUCAUCAUCACGGUGGAGGACGACGGCACACCGCCUCUGUCGACCUCCACUAGCGUCCACGUGCUCAUCGUGGAUGAGAACGAUAACGCCCCCGAGUUUCCGGAGGAGGAGUACGUCACCGUGCUGAGUGAGGGGCCCGACACUGUGGGGGCCACCAUCGCCACGGUAACAGCCAUCGACCCAGACGAGGGACCCAACGGAACCCUGAGAUAUGCCAUCGCCCACGGCAACCUCAUCCAGACGUUUCACAUUAACAGCAUCACGGGGAGGAUCACGGCUGUGAAGGAUCUGGACUUUGAGGUCAGUGGGGGUCAUUACUCUCUGGUCGUCACGGCAACAGAUCAGUGUCCGGAUGUAGCUCUGCGACUGACGUCCAGCACCACAGUGUUGGUGAACGUCCUGGACGUGAAUGAUGUGACCCCCACCUUCCCGCGAGCCUACGAGGGGCCCUUCGAGGUGACAGAGGGCCAGCCGGGGCCCCGGGUGUGGACCCUAAGAGCCAGUGAUGAAGACUCUGGACUUAAUGGGAAAGUGGAGUACAGCAUCACAGCAGGAGACCUUCAGAAUGAGUUCAUGGUUUCUCCAGUAGAGGGCGAGCUGCGGGUCAGGAAGGAUGUGGAGCUCGACCGAGAAACAACAGCGUUUUACAACAUCACUGUGACCGCCAGCGACCUGGGGACCCCGCCCCGCAAUAGCUCUGUGGUGGUCGGCGUCCGUGUCAGAGACAUCAAUGAUAACGACCCGGUCCUCCUGAACCUCCCUCACAACACCAGCGUGAGUGAAGGAGCGUCCAUCCACACCUCGGUGGCUCGAGUCCGAGCACGAGACGCCGACAGCGGACGGAACGCUCUGCUCACGUACAACAUCACAGCUGGAAACCAGGACGGAGCAUUCUACAUCAACGAUACGACAGGUGUGGUGCAGGUGAAUAGACCUCUCGACAGAGAGCGAGUGUCAGAGUACAGACUGACCAUCACCGUCAAAGACAACCCCGAGAACCCCCGCAUCGCCCGCCGGGAUUCAGACCUGUUGUUGAUCUCUGUUCUGGAUGAGAAUGAUAAUCGUCCUGUGUUCUCCAGGAGCAGCUAUAGAGCUGAGAUCACUGAGAACUCUGCAGCAGGUACAACUCCUUCAGGUAGCACAGUGUCAGUGUUAAACGGUCCUGUUCUGGCUGAGGACAGAGACAUCGGAGCGAAUGCGGUGGUGCACUAUCACCUGCUGGGAUCCAGAGUGGACCUGUUCACUGUGGACUCUGACACAGGUGUGAUCCGUGUCCGUCAGGGAGCCAGGUUAGACCGAGAAUCCUUCCAAGAGCCUCGGGUGGAGCUGUUUGUGGUCGGGGAGGACGUUGGGGGUUUAAACAGCAGCGUUCCACUCACAGUCACCAUACUGGACCAGAACGACAACCCACCUGUGUUCAGCCCGCCCAGUUUCAGUGUACGUCUACCUGAGAACAGCCCCACAGGUGUGGUGGUGACUCAGCUUUCAGCCACAGACGCUGACUCGGGUUCCAACGGUUGGCUCAUGUAUCGGUUGGAGAGUGGCGCUCAGGACCGUUUUGUGGUGGAUGCGCUCUCUGGCGCCGUCCUGGUGGGAAACACCACCCUUGACAGAGAAGAGAGAGGAUCCUACCGGCUGGUAGUCAUGGCAACAGAUCGCGGCACACCCCCCAUGUCGGGCACGGCCACCCUCACAGUCAUCUUGGACGACGUGAAUGACUCGAGGCCUCGUUUUAUCGAUCCCGUGACCAUGAUCAAUGUGAACGAGUCCACACCGCCUGGGGUGGUUGUCGCCACACUGACCGCAGAGGACCCAGACCUGCACCCCCGCCUCGAGUACUACAUCAUCUCAGUGGAAGCAAAGGAUGAUGGAAACAACCCGGUGGACGGCCUGCAGGAGUCUUUUGGCAUCGAUUUACACACAGGCGCCGUGUUCAUACGAAACCCGCUCAACAGAGAGCAGGUCGCCACGUUUGAGAUCAUCGUAUCCGUACACGACAACGCAAGUGAGGUCAUUGAUAAAUCUGGCAGCGUUCCAAAUGCGAGGCUGACCAUUAACGUGUUGGACGUGAACGAUAACGCUCCUCGUUUUCGACCAUUCGGAGUCUCAAACUUCACAGAGAAGAUUCUAGAAGGAGCUCAGCCGGGUACCACGCUGCUGUCAGUGUCAGCCAUAGACCCCGAUAAAGGUCCCAAUGGGCAGGUCAUCUACCAGUUGCUGCACCUGCCCCGGGGGGGUUACGUCAGGCUGGAGGACCCCUCCACAGGGAAGAUCGUGGCCAAUCAGACGGUGGACUUUGAGCAAGUUCAGUGGCUGAAUUUCACGAUUCGAGCCCAGGAUCACGGCUCUCCUCCGAGGAUCGCUGAGCUGCCCGUUUACCUGAGAAUUGUCGACGUGAACGACAACAACCCUGUGUUCCUGCAGCCCUCCUAUCAGGAGCCCGUGUUUGAGAAUGUGGAUCUGGGAACCACCAUAGUCCGAGUCAGUGCCACGGACGCAGACUCUGGCCUGUUUGCUGUGGUCGAAUACAGUUUGGUGGACGGGGAGGGAAAGUUUGGCAUCAGACCGACCACAGGAGAGAUCUACAUCCUGUCUCCUCUGGACAGAGAGACCAAGGAUCACUACACGCUGACCGCCGUCGCCAGAGACAACCCCGGAGGAAUCUCCAACAACAGAAGAGAGAACUCUGUGCAGGUCCUGGUGACGGUCCUCGAUAUAAACGACUAUCGGCCUCGAUUCACCGAGCGAGUGUUCAACACCAGCGUGUUUGAGAACGAGCCGAGCGGGACGUCUGUGAUCACUGUGCGAGCGGUCGACCUGGACGAAGGAGAGAACGGAGCCGUGCUCUACAGCAUGCUGGGACCUCACUCAGAUGCCUUCUCCAUGGAUCCAAACACGGGUCUGGUGCGUUCUCGCCGCCUGCUUCAGUCCUCGGAACAUUUUAAUCUUACGGUUGUGGCGACGGAUCAGGGCCGUCCUCCUUUGUGGGGCACCUCUGACCUCAUCAUCACCGUCAUCGACGUCAACGACAACAGACCUGUGUUUGUCAGACCGGCCAACGGGACCAUCAUCCACAUCUCAGAGGAGCAGCCCCCGGGCCUCCCCGUGUACGAGGUUCAUGCCACGGACUCUGAUGAGGGAGUGAAUGGGGAGGUACGAUACGCUUUCCUGCAGACUGGAGCAGGGAACAGAGACUGGGAGAACUUCCACAUAGAUGCUGUGUCCGGAGUCAUCACGACCACGGUCAAACUGGACCGAGAGAAACAGGCGCUGCUCAGCCUCAUUAUCGUGGCCCGGGAUAUGGGUCAGCCAGUGCCGUAUGAGACCACUCAGCCCCUCCAGGUGGCUCUGCUGGACAUUGACGACAACGAACCCGUCUUCCUGAAACCACCUCGUGGCAGCCUGCCGUACCAGAAGCUGAGCGUACCUGAGCACUCUCCUGCAGGUACAGUGAUUGGUAACGUGACCAGAGCAAUGGAUGCAGACGAAGGAUCCAAUGCAGUGGUUUAUUACUUCAUAGCAGGAGGAAACUCUGACGGAAAUUUUGGCCUCAAUUUGGACGGAGAGCUCAAGCUGCACAGAGACCUUGACCGAGAGGAGACAGCGGUCUACUUCAUCGUCAUCAAAGCCUCCAGUAACCGGAGCUGGACUCCGCCAAGAUCUCUGAGGGCAUCACGACCACGAGCCCUGGACCCCACCCGCGACCCCUCCCUGCUAGAGGUCCGCAUCGAGCUGGAAGACAUCAACGACCAGAAACCACGCUUUACUAAAGCCGAGUACACUGCAGGCGUGGCUGCGAACGCCAAAGUGGGCUCAGAGCUGAUCCGGGUGGUGGCCAUCGAUAACGACAUUGGGAACAACAGUUUGGUUCAGUAUCACAUCGUAACGAUCCGAUACUUCCAGUCACAGAGCAACGGCAGCGAGGACGUGGGCAGCAUCUUCAUCAUCGGAUUGACAGAUGGAAUCAUUCGAACAUACGACCUCUUCACCGCCUACAAUCCAGGCUUCUUUCAGCUCGAGAUCCUGGCGUGCGAUUUCGCUGGACACUGCACGACUACCAACGUGAACAUCUACAUCCUCCGAGACGACCAGAGGGUAAAAAUCGUCUUCAACGAGAUCCCCGACCUGGUCCGAGAAAACCAGGAAGAGUUCGUCAACCUGCUGUCUAACAUCACAGGAGCCAUCGUCAACUUAGACGACAUACAGUUUCACGUGGACAAGAAGGGCAGAGUGAGCUACGCUCAGACCGACAUGCUGAUCCAUGUGGUCAACAAUCAGACCAACACUAUCCUGGACGUGGACAGGGUGAUCCAAAUGAUCGAUGAAAACAAAGAGCAGCUCAGGAAUCUGUUCAGAAAGUUUAACGUGGUGGAUGUUCAGCCUGCAGUCAGCGACAAACUUCCUGAUGACAUCACCACGCUGCAGCUGGUCAUCAUCAUCCUGGCUGUGCUGCUGUGUUUAGCAGGAAUCCUGUUUGUCACCAUGAACUGGCAUUACCGCCGAGUACACCAGAGGAAGCUGAAAGCCAUCGUAGCUGGAUCUACAGGUAACCAGGGUCUGAUGGACAUCCUGGACAUGCCCAACACCAACAAGUACUCGUUUGAGGGGGCAAACCCCGUCUGGUUGGACCCGUUCUGUCGUAACCUGGAGCUCGCCACGCAGGCCGACCAUGAGGACGACCUCCCCGAGAACCUGAGCGAGAUCACCGACCUGUGGAACAGCCCCGCCCGCACACAUGGAACGUUUGGUCGAGAGCCUCAGGCGAAGCCUGAAGAUGAUCGCUACCUGAGAGCCGCCAUCCAGGAGUACGACAACAUCGCUAAACUGGGCCAGAUCAUGAGGGAGGGGCCGAUCAAGGGCUCGCUCCUGAAGGUGGUCCUGGACGACUACCUGAGACUGAAAAAGCUGUUUGCAGCUCGACUCGUCACCGUGUCCACGAGUCAGGGGGACCACUCGUCCGUCACCGAGCUGAUCCAGAGCGACCUGGAAGACGAUGACGACGAGCGUCUGGGCAACGGUGGGCGGGGCACUCUGCGUUUCAAACACAAACUUCCUGUGGAGCUGAAGGGUCCUGAAGGCAUCCACGUGGUCCAUGGCAGCACGGGGACGCUGCUGACCUCUGACCUCAGCAGUCUGCCGGAGGAUGACCAGCGGGCGCUCGCUCGCUCUCUGGAGGCCCUGAACAGCGAUGGCGGGCUGUACUCUGAACGCAACGCCCGCACCGAGUCUGCCAAGUCCACACCGCUGCACCGCCACAAAGAUGGGGACGUGAUGUCUGAGAGUCCACUGGAGAUCACAGAGUUAUGACUAGCAGAGGCCUCGCUGGUCUGAAGACCACCGGACUCCACGGCGCCCCCCUGAGGACAGGAGGAGUGUGUGUAGUCUAGUUAACCAAUCAGACGACCUCACAGAGACAGCCUGUGGUUGGUCUGAGAGGAUCACGUGAUGAGGGCGGAGCUUAUUUCAAGAGACAGAACAAACAGAGACCUCCAUCAAAGGAUCCACCCCCACUGUGGGAGGAGCUUAUUCUACCUUAAAGGUGCCUCAUCCUCACUGAUCCAAUACCUGGACUGCACACACACACACACGCAUGCACACACACACACACACACACACACACACACACACACACACAC